AACGAAAGCGUUUCUAAAACAACCGCCCAGUGAUUUCGAAAAAUCUUCUAGUUUUUUUCGGAACUUCACUGCGGCAUGCUGACCAGGACUUUAACCUUCCGGAAGUCGCGCAAAUGGCUCACUGAGCGAGGAGCCACUAGUGCUCUAGGACAAUUUCGCUAGAUUUUCAGAGUGGCGUGCACUCAGAGCACUAGCGCGAGUGACGGAUAGUUAACCGGCUACUGCAAACUCAAGUAUCACAUGACAACUAAUCAGCGCACUGAGUCUUUUUCAUGUGAUCUUUGUGAAUCCGACUACGGAACCUCAUAUCAUCUGAUAUGUAACUGCCCAGCGGUAGCGCAAUUGCGAUUUCGAGUUUUCGUCCUUACAUAGAUGACACCGCGUUUGGACGACUGAAACUCAGAGACAUACUAAAGUUUCUUAUUCAAUGCACUAAAGGGCUUCAGGCUUACUAGCAGUCGAUUUGAACUACUUGUGAGUUUAUCUUACCAGCUGUUCGGUUUUGUGUUCUUAUUUGUCCCACCCUUCCUAUUCUACUUCCUUCCUCCACCUUCUCCUUUCCUUCCGUUCACGAAAUGAUGAGAAGACACGGCAAGGCACAAAUUCCCGACUACAUACGGGGAACGUGCCAUUUGAGCCAAUAUAUUCAGAUUCCCUGAUUCCUGACGGUUCUUGAUGCCACUAAGCUAAUGCCGUUCCUAUGUUCCAGCGAACUCUUAACCGAUUUUUACGAACUUAAUGUGUAAUGUAUUUAUGACGCUUAGAGCAGAUUUGUUUUCUUUCCGGACAUCACGUUGAACCUUAUCAAAUGAAUAACGAUAUUCGAGCUCCUAAUAGUUUUCUUAUAUCUGCUGCUCGAACCUACGACUGGCCGCUAGCAGCUGGGCAAAACUAUAUUGAGACUUGGCAUUUUAUUUAUAUAGGAUGACGCUAAAGCUGAGUACUUUGGUUGAAGACUAUUAGGCGUUUUAAUGUGCUGUUAGGUACCUAUUGUAUUGUUAUUGUGCUGUUCGAGUGAGAAAUAAAUUAUAAAUUAAAUUGAUUCCCGCCGGAGCACGUUACAAAUUUCAAACGAAAGAUAUAUUACUCCUAUUGACUGUUAUUGCAUUUUAUUCAGUUCUGACUUUUGGUUCCGGAGUUAUAGGUUGGUUAUUACGGUCACAUAGGAAUUCCUCAUACAAACCGGUACAAUCGCAGUACGUCAUAAAUUAAAAAUCUUUUGAGAUGAACAUCAAAUUAAUCGAUUCGCAGACCUAGAUCACUUAUGAAGAAUCUUGGAAUAUAUUUUUUUAUUAUAGAGGUUUUAACCUUAGGGUCAUUCGCCUCUUUUUCGGGUUCGAGAAAUCUCUAUAGAAAAAUCUCAAACCCUAUGUGCAUGUUUGGGACUCGAACCCAGGUGAGCUGGUUGAAACAUCUAUAAUGAAAAUAAAAAUAUGAAAAUGUAAUAUACACUUCCAAUUAUAUUGACCAUAAUCAUAUUGAAUCAAAGUUUGGAUAAAUGAGCAAGGCACAAUUCCGCCACUACAUAGAUAUUAGUUUUUUUUUAUUAAUUUUUUAUGAAAAAUCGUACGCCUAUAUCAGAAAGCAGUCCUCUUUCAUCCAACCAAAUCCUUCAUUUAAUCUACAGAGCCCAGUUUUUAUCAAAUGUGGACGUUUUUUAGCAUGCUUUUAACUUGACUGGACUGCGUAAUGUAUGUUUAUGUUUUUGUUCAGAAUCCCCAUGAAUACUGAAAUGGAGCAUGAAUGGGUGAUUUAGCAACAGCUGGAAAACAACUUUGAUCAUACUGAAACAGGAUUUGCUAUUUUUCCCUCUUUCACGUUCAAACAAACCUGUCACCGUUUCACAAAUUUGGCUUAAAAAUUGGCUGCCUCUCUCUCUCUUCUACUGUUAAUUCAAAAUCACAUGCGUGGUCCUAAAAGGAUAGCACAUUCACUGCUUGAAUUGGAAGAAUGAAAACAAAACGCAAUCCGGCAGAUCCGUGGCUUUCAACCUUUUUCAUCCCAGGUAAAUCCUCACCAUCAUUUUCAGAAAAAAAAAAUCAAAUAAGCACAAAGAAUUGGAGAAACAUGAUUUGACAAAGAAUGCGAUUUAUUUUCAAAUAACGAGUAUGUUUCACGCAUAAAGCAACGCGUUUUGUCAAGGAAUAAAAUUUUCGAUUUAUUUUACAUCUCGAACUGAAACAAUAUUCACCUGUAAUUUUUAUUUUGCCUUUAAUAUAAUUCAUCUCUGCGGGUGAAAUCACCCCCGGUUGAAAACCGUGUGCUUUCAUUCACCAUUGGUCUACUACGGCCAUAUACAUAAGCAGUGUUUACAUUCAGGUAUCCUUGGUUUGUCGCAAUGCGGUGUGUGUACGAAUUCGAUAGAAUUCGACCAAAACCUACUCCAUCGAUAUAACUAGUUGGAAAAAGUUUCUCGUUAGUUAUGAAUCCUCAGCGUUAACCCUUAAAUGCGCAAUGUUGUUUUAAAACAACAUUGCAAAAAUAGUUCAAAAUAUUUAGUCGUCGUUACGCAUUAAUUAUGACACCAUUUAAAUUUUCACAAAUUGAGGAAAACAUUUUUUGCGCCCUUAAGAGUUAAAUUCGUAACGUAUAAUGGUCGAAAUUACAAAACUAGAAUCAAAAAAGCUGAAACUAGGGCAGACUGUAUACUGUAGCAAUCAUGAACUCCGAGCUUCUACCUUCCAAAUAAAAUUAACACUUACAACUAUUCGAUCCCGCACGCAAGCCCUAAAUUAUAUGGUGGUGAAUAUACAAAGUUGUGGAAGUGGUGGCCCAUCGGUAACGAGUUGUACCGGCAGCGAUGUCGAUAAGCAGGUCGGUCUCUGGGAGCGUCGCGUCAAGGGCCUACGGCGGAUGAUACUGGGUUGGGAUCAAACGAAACCGCCCGAUUUACCCAAUCGUAUAGAAAUUGAUGUGACCGGAUGCUUCUCGGUUAGUCUGAGGUUGUACGAACCACUUGAAGGUGCCAUAUCGACUAAGUUCAAAGUGCAAUGGUCUUCCCGGUCGGACUUUAGUAACGUGGUCGGUGAGAGGGAAGUUAACGAAUGGACAAGCUUCCACGGCUGCAUGGGGGCGGUGUGCAAUCUAAGCGAACUGAUUCAGGGCCGGCGGUACUUCUUUCGGGCCAGUGCCGGUAACAUCAAGGGCUGGGGACCGUACAAGCAAUCAACGCCGAACUGUGUGGUGCCAUCUAGUUGGCGUGACGUUGGAAUCCGGGAGAAUCGUUUCGCCGGCAAGCAGCGCAAUUUGGAUGAUCUGUUCAAUGCGGUCCGGCUGGCCCGACCAGAGGACGCUUCCGAGAUUGCGCUGGAUGCUGCGAUUCCAGUGAAGCGGGCAAUCAAGAAGAAGACCACCAUCAAGCAACUCUUUUCGGCGGCAUCAAAAUUUCAAAAGAAUCUCAAAAGAGGUAUCUAUCUGGCAUGUGUGCUCUAUCACGAGGAUAAACUGCUGUUAACCAACGAGGAUUUUGUGCCGGUGAUAGAAAUCGAUGAGACGUUCACGAGUAACCUGCACACCGACUUUUACUGGUUGAUGAAGGUCGCCUGCACCUGGGACGACGUGAAGUUGCUACGGAUGGACAUGGAGCGGAAUGCCUCCUCGGCGAUCCACUUCCGAACCAAGCUUCUCUCGGCCGCCUGCCAAAUGCAGUCUGCUCUCUCCAUUACGGACCUAGGUCAAUUAUACUACAAACCGCUGCGAGACGUGCACGGAACUGUGGUGCUAUCCUGUGUUAAUUGUAUAAAGAGCCCCAAAAGUGUAUCAGUAUUAAACUCCCGCUGGAUACCGCUGAACAAAAUCCAUAAAAAGCUGGCCCUCUCUAACGAGGACAGCACCAUCAACGAGCUGCUAAUGAACUCGAUUCAAGAACAAAUCAACUACCACCAAGUAUCCAACAUCAGGCUGCCACGCGGUCUUUACGUCGGCUAUCUUAAGAUGCAAAGCUCGGUGGAGGUCAUCCAGGUGGUGGUCCCCGUCAAAGCACCGAACGUUCUGCCACACUGCAAGAUUCGAGACAACCCGCACGUAUCGGCUGAAGAAUGGGAGCUCAUCAAACAGCACAAACAUACGAGCAUUCUGGAGUUUCGCCCGAAGAGCCAAGGUCCGACCGAGGUACAGCUGCACUUUCUGGAGAUACUGACUAAGGCGAUGCACAACUUGUUCCAGUAUAUGGACAUUCCGGUGGAUGUUGCCGUUGCUCAUCGGUUAUAUGACAUCGAAGUAAUCGAACUGAAUCAGGAUGUCAGUUUCUUGAUUGUUUGUCCGCCCGCGGAAAGCAGUUGUGCUGUUCCGGGCCAAAAGGAUGCUCUGCUGCAGCGCGGUGACCUGUUUUCAAUGCCGAUUCAGGCCUUUGAGAUGAUCCAUUUGAAAACGUAUCAGACAAGCAUCGUACAAAAGUAUUCGCGAUUAUCCUGCAUUUUAGAGCUGGAUACUAUGAUGGCCAACCAUUUGCACCGGGAAGCGUUCAGUUCAUCGGAGCUACAGAAGGCUAAGGACCGACUGGCCAAAUUGCAGGAUUUAUCUGCUGGAUUGAACACCAUAUGGAAGGGCGUAAGGUGGCUGAUGGAUGUGAUAAGUUAUGCCAGAGAUCGAGCCAACAUGCCGGAAUUGAACAUGAAGCAAAUUUUGGACUACAAGAGUAUGUAUUUUGGGAAGAAGACUCCAGCAGAUAAAAAGGUUAGUAGUGAAAUAAAAUUACUCCAGCCGCCAGGUUGUCCACCUACAUUCCACAAAAGCAGUCCUGGACGCGGUUCUUGGCCGGGACCGGCAAUAGAAAAUUCUUUAGGCCACAAUGGUCUCCUAGAUGCUGAACAUUCCAAAUCCGAGCAACUGCUCAAGUACAACAGUCAGAGAUUCUUGGAUGUCAGCAAUGUCAAUUCAAGAAAAAAUAGCGCCGAUUCCGCCUAUUCGAAUUCCGGUAACAGUUACUACUCUGUAACAGGGGUCGAACCGGAAAAAGAUUUUGUCGUACCAAGGUUACCCCCCUCCAGAUCCGAAGAUACUCUGAUCAUCGAUAAAAAGAAAGGAUCGGAACCAUCGAGUAGUAGCAAAAAACGACCACCAACAAUGUACUCAAGCUAUUCGGCAACCUCCAGUCCACUGUUAAAUGUUCGUACACCGUUCGUAGCCACCAUUGCGACCGUCACAAAGACGACAGCUGGCGAGGAUACGGAAAACCGCACCGUUAAUCCGCAACCCUUGAAAGUUAUCACCAAAAAACCUCGCGAACAGGCCUUAAAAACACUCAAUCAAAUUGAACCGGAUUACGAGCCUAUCGUCACAACCUAUUUGAAACCGACGCUGACCGCCCUUCAGAACGAAGCGAAAGGUUACCAAACUGCUCUACACAUCGCCGAGGAACAACCAAAACAUCUCCAGCAGCUUCCUCCAGAUGUAUUGGACCACCGAGCGGUAACAGAACCGACUAUUCCGGAUCUUACUCAAUCCUCCCAACGACGUCCAAUUCAGCCUCCCACCACCGCCUUACAAGUGAAACCAACUGAACCCAGUAACAGCGAAACAAAACCGUCGGAAUCUACCGGUGCCACAUCCGCUUCCACCGCUACAGUCACCACUCCAGUAACCACCAGCAUCGUCCAGGUAUACGCAGCUUACGAGACGGGGCUACCAAGUGGAACCUCACUAAAACUUCGAGUAACUCAGAAAACCACGGCUCGUGAAGUGAUCGAUCUGGUCGUAAAGCAGCUCAACAUGGCAGUGGUUCUGAAAGGUAAGGAAGGUCCAAUUUACGCUGCCGAGAAGCUGGACAACUUCUGUCUAGUGGCGGUGAUUGGAGCGAGGGAACGCUGCCUGCGGGACGAUUUUCGCCCCCUACAGCUGCAGAAUCCUUGGAAGAAAGGUCGCCUUUACGUGCGGCAGAAGCAUGAUCUCCUAGCGGCAAUCGAGCAUUCCAAUCGCGAUACGGCAGAAAUUUAGUGAUAACCAAUCGAUCCAACACAUCUGUGUGUAUGUGUAUGACUGUGUGUUUUGUUUCUGUACAAUAGUUACUGUCUCUUCCCUUCUUAGUAAUAGAUUAGACAAACAAACAAUUGAGACAACAAUGAAAGACACCGAUGUGAUAGAACCUGUUUUGUAAGUAAUAAAGUAAAGAGAGUUACGUAGUCUAGCGCACGCGUUGAGCUCUCUAUUGAAAUCCGUUGACGCAUGGCAGUUGAUUUGUAUUUGUUCCACACUAGUAGACAUUUUAAAAGAGUAAUAGGUCAAAUGUUUUAAAAAUCGACAAUUUUACGUUCAUAAGUACGUUCACCUGCUGAAACUGGUUAACAGAAAACUGAAAUCACUGUUGAACCUUUGAAGUAGAUACCAAAAAAUGCGACUAAGCGGAGGUGACUCCCAAAGUCUGCUUGCAGUUGAAAGGAUUGAAAAUAAUAGACAUUUAAAGAGGGAAAGUCCAUUAACACAGCUAAAGUUUAAAUUCAGUGUAUACAUACCAUGUGAAUAUCGAGUAUGUUUAAAUUGUUGUCGUUUUACAUGAUAGAUAAAAAAAAUCUAGCCAGCGAGAGUACUGUUAUAAUGUAGAAACAAUUUUAAAACUCAAAUGCAUGAAAUGUUUCCACUAUAAAGUUUGAUCAUGGAAAUAAAGACUAUUUGAAAACUAUUUUGCGAUGGUCCGAGAUUAAAAUAGAACUUGUUUUGUCUACCGAAAAAACCAAAUCUUAUGAUGACACUGAAUCAAAAGAAAGAUAAAAAUUUUUCCUGUUUUCAAAUUUUAAGUCGAUAUAAAGAAUAUCAGAAGAUUGAGAGUAACAGUCACAUCGAGCUUAUCCCUCCAAAAAAGCGAUAGGAACGGACAAAAUGUAAAAUUGAUAUAACUUGGAAGCUUCGCUUUCAGAACAGUAUGAUCGGUAAUUCCUUGGUAGACGAUUUUACAAAACUAAACAGCAGAGCUGAGAUGAAUUUUAACUGUCAACGUGGAGCGGCAAACCAACUGGAAUGGAUAUGUAAAUAAAUUUAAAAAAAAAACUAUAAUUGUAAGAAAAGAUAAGAGAAUACAGAAAGUUCCAUGGCUAAAACAUUGGAUAUUACACACCAACCACACCACGACAAAAAUCCCAAUAGAAGAUAGAUUUAAAAUCUAUAGGAUUGUGCACCAGAUUCUCUAAUACAUGUUGAACAAAAACUGAAAAA